CCAGUCAUUCUCCUCCUCCUCGUCCACUCCACCCAAGUUGGAAAACAAGUGCACUCCCACUCCGCCGCCGUCCUCCACUGAAUCGAGUGGCUGCUCCUCCCCCACUCCCCACUCUGCCGACUUAUCUCCGGGCCACGCCGCCUGGACCGGGGAUACAUUGGCGAGCGAGCAGGGGAGCGGAGCGAGCGCCGGCGCCCGGCGGCUGUGUGCCGGACACAGGAGCACGGAGCCCGCGCGCCGGCGACGCCGUCGUCCUUCCACUUCCAGUGCUAAGCUCGCGUGAUAUCUAGAACAUGAUCACCAUAUCUAGAAGAUAGACGCCCGGUGCUGCAAACAGAGGACAGCAAUAGCAUGCACAAUUCUUCUAGCUCCACAGGUUGGUGUGCCAUUAUUUAUUGAUGAUCCAGUGUCACUACAACGCGGGGAGGUGGAGCUUCGAUUUUCUACAAGUUGCAUGGCGAUGAGGUUCCUAUCAGCCGUGGAUCUGCCUUGUCAUCCAUGUAUGGCCAUGGUUAUCCUCCCCCUCCUCCUCCUGCUCCUCGUGCCUCUCACCGCUGCCCAAACGUGGCCAGCAUGCGGCGAGAGCGGCAACUACAAAUCAAAUAGCACCUAUGAAGCCAACCUCAAGCUCCUCUCUUCCACCCUCCCGAAGAAAGCAGCAUCCAACACCACCCUCUUCGCUACCGACACAGUCGGCAAUGUUCCAAACACCAUCUUUGCCCUUGCUCUCUGCCGCGGGGACUCCAAUGCCUCUGCCUGCGAGGGAUGCUUGGUGACCGCCUUCCAGGACGGGCAGGAACACUGCACGAGCAAUAGGGACGCCACCGUGUACUACAAUAGCAAUCCCUGCAUGCUCAGGUUCUCCAACCAGAAUUUUCUCGCCACCAACGUCAAUGACAAUAUACUCGUCAUUGUGAGCCUCGACAUGUUCAUAAACAUCUCCACAAGAGCUGACUCCUUCAGGUUCUUGUUGUUUACACUUCUGAACAACACAGCUCAAUCGGCUGCGAACAGCUCGAGGAGGUUCACCACCUCGCGCUUGGAUGUCAGCUCCCUCCCGACGCUCUACUGCCUUAUGCAGUGCACGCCCGACCUGACCGCUGACGACUGUGCGGCCUGUUUCCAGCCUUACUCCCAGAUAACACUCAAGUACAUGGACGGUAGGAAAGGUGGUCGACUUCUGGGGACACGGUGUAGCAUGAGGUACGAGAUAUACCCGUUCUUUCAAGGGGACCCCAUGCUGCGUAUUAUCAGCUUGGUAUCUGAACUUCCGCCGACCAACAAUACCAUGCCGCCAGUUACAUUGUACCCACCCCCGCAGUCGCAACCGCACUCACCGGAUGCGGCACCACCACCUCCGGAGGCGCAAGCGACCACCCAAGAACUUCAUGGACGCAACUCAGACCGGAGGGCGCUUUGGAUUAUUGCUGUGGCAGCUCCAUUACUGUCAAUAUUUCUGUGUGUUAUUUUUUUCGUUGUAUGGAUGAGAAGACAAAGAAAAGGAACGGAAAUCGUACAUGAUCAAGCUGCCACAAAUAGGCCGGAAGAAGACGCAUUGGUUUGGAGAUUGGAAGAAAAGAGUUCAGAGUUCACUCUCUUUGACUUCUCUGAGAUCUUGCAUGCUACACACAACUUCUCGAAAGAAAACCUACUUGGGCAAGGUGGUUUUGGCCCUGUCUACAAGCUUUGUACAUGCUUCCAGGGCCAAUUACCAGAUGGAAUAGAAAUUGCAGUUAAAAGGCUUGCCUCACAUUCAAGACAGGGUUUCACAGAAUUCAAAAAUGAAGUUGAACUUAUUGCAAAACUACAACACAGUAAUCUGGUCAAGCUCAUGGGUUGCUGCAUUCAGGGAGAGGAAAAACUUUUGGUGUACGAAUAUUUGCCAAAUAAGAGCUUGGACUUCUUUAUCUUUGAUGUUAGCAGAACAACUUUGGUUGAUUGGAAUAAAAGAUGUGUGAUAAUCGAAGGGAUAGCCCAAGGUCUACUGUAUCUCCACAAGCACUCUCGGUUGCGCAUCAUACACAGAGACCUUAAGGCCAGCAACAUUCUCUUGGACCAGGACAUGAAUCCUAAAAUUUCUGAUUUUGGGCUAGCUAAAAUUUUCAGCUCCAAUGAUACUCAAGGAAGCACAAAGAGGGUGGUGGGAACAUAUGGCUAUAUGGCUCCCGAGUAUGCAUCUGAAGGCAUUUACUCGAUCAAAUCUGAUGUGUUCAGCUUUGGUGUCUUACUUCUCGAGAUCCUUAGCGGACAAAGGAAUUCUGGUUUCCAUCAGCAUGAAGACUUUCUUAACCUCCUUGGAUAUUCAUGGCAGCUCUGGGAAGGAGGAAGAUUUCUUGAGCUUCUAGAAGCAUCAAUUGCUAAGGAGAUCCAUGCAGCGGAGGCUAGGAGGUACAUUAACAUUGCACUAAUGUGCGUACAAGAGCAUGCAGAUGAUCGACCGACCAUGUCAAAUGUCGUUGCGAUGUUAAACAGCGAGGCUGUUAUUCUUCCAGAGCCUAAACAUCCGGCAUACUUCAACCUCAGGGUAUCUAAGGAAGGUGAAUCGGGUAGUGUUCUGUGCAGUCAUAAUGAUGUAACUAUCUGCAGUAAUAAUGACGUAACCAUCACUGAGGAGCCAGAUGGCAGAUAGUUGGUCACUUUGCUUCAGACCUUCAGUUGUUAAUGGAAGUGCUAGCAAUCAGACAGCCUAUCAUAUUUUGGUUCUGAUGAAGGAUUGCGACCGGCGUACCUCUGUAGCACUUGUUUGGUUCCUGCCGUGAAGGAAGCUCUGCUGGUGUCCGUAGGCUAUAUUGAUAUGCAGGUUAAUACUGUAUUUAACUUUUGUGCACCGCACCAUCGUUUUCCACUGGUGGCUGCUGCUGUAGAUUUUAAAGGAAGACUUGAAAUCCAAAGGAUUUCAAUCUGAAAGUAGCUGCAUUAACUGAAUCCUGCUGGGCGAAGUAUGUGUUGCAUCUAUGUGCGCCUUUCAUGUUUUCCUCUAGGUUAAUUCCAUUGGUGUGCUAGGGUUGUAGCAGUUCCAUACUGUUACAAAAAGAAGCAUUUUUUGUAGAGUUGUCACGAUAAUACCAACAUUGACGGUGGAUAAAUUCAUUGACCGUACUACU